AUGGACGAAGACCGGGACAGGGGCUGGUUAGAGCGAUAUGUCCGGGUGAAAACCGAGGACAUCAUCCCCGCUGGCUACACGCCCUUUCCGGAGAAGUGGAACGAUAAGCCCAACGGAUAUGUACCUCCCGUCAUCCGCGAUCUGAGCGAAUGGGUUACUGCGCUCCUCCGUCAGUACCCCUAUGAGAACCGGACAUGGGCCCACCUGUCUCGUGGUCGGUGGGCAGCGCAGAACCACGGUUUGCCCAAGGGCUCGGUGGCCUCGAGGCCGGAACCGGGAACCGCCCAUCCUACGUCGUCAUCCGGGUUUGACACGGCGGGUUCUUCCCGUAUCCUCGAUGAUGCUGCAAAAAGAAAGAGGUCCUCCGAUAGGGUGACGACUCCAAAAAGGAAGAAGGCACGCAGCGUUGCCCGGUCUUCGAGGGAGGAGAGCGAGCCCGACAUCGUCAUUCGGAGGGUCAGUUCGGUCCCCUCCGUGGCCCCGAUACCGGAGGAGACGGCCUCUGUCCAGCCCCUUCCUUCUAUCAGCGAAGGCCCGCUGGUCCCUGCUCCCCAAUCAGGUGCGGAAGAAAUACUUUCACCGGUCCCUCUUCGGUCGAUUGACUUUGUCGACAUUUCAGGUGAAACUUCUUCUGAGGAUACUCCUCUGCAAAGGAAAAGAUCCGGGGAAGCGGUUACUGUCGAGGCCAGUGAAAGCGUAGCAGGAGAACCGGAUACCGAGGCCCCCGUAGGUGCCCGUCCAUCUUCCGAGCCCGCCGUGACUACGGAGCCCCUGGCCUUCGCCGAAAACAUCGAGGCCGCUCCAAGUUCGUCCACCCCAGCUCAACGUGUUGAUGAUUUCGAGGAGAUGUUCUUGGGGACUCCUCCGGCUUCUUGUGAAGCAGCGGGCUUUGGUCACCUUCCUAUUCCCCGGGUCACUAGGCCGGCCAACCGAGCAUCGGAAUCUGGUGCCAGGGACAGUUUGGUGAAUGUUUUCCCGGCCCCAAGCGUGGAACCUCGGAGGACCCGGUCAGCGGUAGUCACUGUCCCCGAGGACUUUAGCUUCUUAUCACGCCCAGUGGGUGUUGCGAGCUAUUUGCGUCCCCUUGUCUCGGAUUCGGACAAGCGCAAAAUGACCGGGGUCACUUGGCAGUGCCUUAUGAACGAGGGUAUGCACGCGGGCAACCGGAGUGUGGUGCUGGUCAACGAGGCCUUCAUCCGUGCUCAACACGAGAUAGACGACCUCCGGGGCCAACUCGAUGCCCAGGGCCGGGAGACGGAGAAAUAUCAGCACCUUCUCCAGCAGAAGGAGGGAGAGUUGAGCCGGGUGGCCGUGCUAGCUAAUCUUCGCCCCGAGCUCGAUGCGGUUAAGGAGGAGAACCGUCGUUUGGCGAGCGACCUGGCCGCCAUGACCGAUUAUAACCGGAGUCUCGAGGCCGACAAGAUCGCCCUUAGCCGGGAUAAAACCCAAUUCUCUACGCGGUUGGACGAACUCGAGGCCACGGUUUCCCAACUUCGGGGAGAGCUGGACUCGGUGAAAGCUGAUGCUACGGGCUUGUCCGAGAGGAACCGGCAGCUCGAGUCUGAGGCUGCCUUGUUCAACGAGCGCAGCAGAAUUUUGGAGGAAAGAGCCGAGGAGCGGGCCCGGAUAUGUGAAGGUAUUAGAACCGAACUUGAGGGGGCGAAUAAAGCCAAUGACAGCCUUAAGGCCAAGUUGGAUGCGGCCAACCAUGUGAAAGAUGACCUCGAAAGAAACCGGGCUCAUCUAGAAGCCAAACUAGCCAAGGCUGAAGCCGAUUUGGAGGAAGCAUGGAAAAGUGUGGAGGCGGCCGAGGCUCACACCGCUAUUGUCGCCGAGUAUGAGAAGUGGAAAUCUCGGCGCCUCACCCUCGAGCAAGUUGAGCACGGCCUCGAGAACCUUCCGGCCCUGAUACUAGAGGCCAAAGGAAUGGAGGAGAAGGCCAACCGCGCUCUCGGGUCCGAGUCAGAUGACUCCGAGCGGACUGAAUCCGAACAUUCAUCCUCCUCUAGCCAUGCCGGAUAG